AGCCGUGGGUGGCCGUUCGGUAUGCCGCGGCAUUAUGGCGUUCGCUAGCGCAUUCGGCGACGAGGCGAGGCUCUUGAGGAUGAAGGAGACGGCCCGUGGAUUAGAGCACGGCAGUAUGCUGUACAAGAGCACCGGCCGCUGCUUCCGGCCCUUCUACGUCAUGUGCCUCAGCAGGACGAUCCUCAUCGUCGGCUUCCUCUUCGUCGUUUGGCAGAGCUACAAUAAUUGCAAGGCUCAGCAAGAGUUAUGCGAGAUGACGAGGAAUUCAUUGGAAGCCAUAAAAGCGGCCUCGAUAGCGUGCAAGAACAUCAACGAGCCGGUGCACGUGCCCAUACCUACGGGUGCAAAGACGUGUGAAACUAUCGCAGAGUAUAAGACAAUGGGAAAGCCAAGCGACGGCCCUAUUAUUUAUGCGAUAACACCUACCUUCACAAGGCCUGUUCAAAAGGCCGAACUCACCAGAUUAUCUCAAACGUUUCUGCUCGUACCAAACUUUCAUUGGAUCGUUGUAGAAGACUCUCCAAAGAAGACUCCGUUAGUAGUUAAUUUGCUUGCUUCGAGCGGCCUUACUUAUACACACAUAAAUGCACCAACGCCUCCUCAUUAUAAGCUUGGAAAAAACGAUCCAAACUGGAAGAAGCCUCGAGGAGUAGAGCAAAGAAACGCCGCUCUCAGGUGGAUUAGAAAUAAUCUUAACGAGAGCCACAAUGGUGUUAUUUAUUUUGCGGACGACGACAACACAUAUUCUAGACAGCUAUUUCAAGAGAUAACAAAAGUGAAGCGAGUUGGCGUUUGGCCCGUGGGUCUAGUUGGUGGACUAAUGGUCGAACGACCCAUAUGUGAAAAAAUGACAAACAAAGUGACGGGCUUCAAUGCGGUGUGGAAGCCCGAUAGACCAUUUCCUAUCGAUAUGGCUGGAUUUGGAAUUAACUUAAAAGUUAUAUUAGAGAAGAAGGAUGCUUUAUUUGCUUACGAUAUUCAAAGUGGCUUUCAGGAGAGUGAAAUUCUUAAGCAAGUGACAAGGAGGGAUGAGCUGGAAGGUCUUGCCGACGGUUGUUCCAAGGUAUACGUAUGGCACACCCGAACGCAACCUCCAGUCCUAAAUACAGAACAAAUUUUAACGAAAAGAGGAAAAUCAUCCAACGUAGGAAUCGAAGUGUGAUAAAUUCAAAAUUCCGUCCGGAUUAAUUUUAUAUGGAAUUAAACAUUUGUGCGUUUGUGUCCGAGUUUUGCCAUAUCAUAUCUAGUUUGUUACAUAGUGCCAGUAUUACUUUUGAACCCGUUUCUCUCGAAAGGAAGCAAAGCACAUUCGUCAAAAACAAAAAUAC